GCUCGGGUCAAGGGCAUCGAUCCCCGGUACUGCGUGGUAAUUAGUAAUGAAAUCAUUUGUAUAGCAUUUCUCCCAUUUCUCUGAUUAAAAUAGAGAAGUUAUCGUUUACUGGUAAACCAGCUAACAGGAACAGUAUGCAUUGGCGGGAUCCAGGAUAUGACAUAAAUUUUUAACUGUUGAAACAGCAAAUCUAAACAAAGAAACAAACACAAUUCAUAGAAUCGUUAGUUGCGAGAAAACGACAAUGUAAACAAAGUCGCGUUGAUCCGUGUUUUUUUAUCCAUCUCUAGCCAGGUCUACCUCUCCAAUAAUAUCUUUUGUGGAGAGAAGACGAUGUUAAUAUAAGUAAGGCAUUUAAACUUCCUCCUGUUGUUCAUUCAAGAGUGAGCUGUUUCGCACAGGAAAGCAUUUUACAAUGGCUGAAGGCACUCUUAAAUCCGUUCCUGUGGGUAACGUGAAAGAGCGAGAUGCAAAAUAUUUUGAAUUUCUUGCCGAAAUCAAAGGAUUACACAACUGGGCAUACAAUGCAUCAACACUGACUAUCACAGCAUCCCUGACAAGCCAAAAGGAAUACGAUAUAUUUAAUGCUAUCCUUACCCUGUUUAAUGGUCGUGUGAGCAAAACAGUAACCUCUAAACGCCACGUAUCUGCUGUACGGUCAUUUUUUGAGGACCAGAAAAGAAGAGAACAAUUUGAACAAUUUGCACAUCCGGUAUUUGCAGAGAAUGAUGGAGACCAGCAUUUCUGCCAAUUUUUUGCUUCGAACUUGAAUGAUUUGAAUACGCUGCACGAAUUAAUACAUCUUCAUUCUAAAGAGGUAUGGUCUCCAGAAAUUGUAUCAGACAGGUACCGGUUAACCGCCCAUCGUGACUUAUUUGUCUGUAUUGGUGACAUUGUGGAUUACGAUGAUAAAGACGCCGGUAUUGUGAAUCCUGUCAUUGUAAAGGAUUCCGGUCAAUUAGCAGGAAAGGGUAAAAUUUUCGAGAGACUCAAAGAAGCAGGUGGUGUUGAAUACGUGUCAAAAUUAAGCGAUUUUGACCAUCAAGACGGAUCUUUUUGCGUGACUACAAAAGGCGGCCAGUUGGAUUCAUUGAUCAUACAUCCAACACGCAGGGUAUCGAAUGACCAGACAAAGAAGGAUUCUGUUGUGGACAAUUUAAAGGACUGUUUACAUGUGGCCCAAAAAUUCAAUCUAAGGCGGUUGGUUUUACCUUUUAUGUACUCAGGUUCCGGUGGAGUAAGUUUGAAAGAAUGUGCAUUCUUUUAUGCUUGUGCAAUCUAUGAAUUCUGUCGAGAAACCCGUAACACGUAUCUAGGGCCAUACGAAAUAUACUUUGUCGAGCAAAGCAAACAGAAAGCCAAAUCCCUCAUGAGUUAUUUCAACGUAAUGUUUCCAACAAAAUCAUCGCAGCGAAUGUUCAUUCCAAACGACUAUGCUCGCAUUAACUUGAUGGCUGCGCACGUGUACGAAAAUCAGCCUCAUCUACCCCGAGUCAGGGUCGACAGCGCUUAUGAGCCUAUUGAACUACGCGUGAAAGACGAAACUGCAAAGACGCAAUUCGACAAGUUAAAACUCCACGUGGAAGGAGAAACUGAUAAUGCUGUUCCGGGUAGACGAUCGUCGGAUGUUGGCCAAACAGAGAUGAACAAACAUAGUGACAGAACAACUGCCUCAACAGCGUAUGAAGACAUCGAUUCAAAGAGUAUUUUUGAUAUUGACGAAGGGCCAGCACAGACGGACAAAACAUUAUAUAACGACGUCAAUCCUAAAAUUGUAAUUACAGAUGAGAAAAACAGGGACUAUAAAGAAAUGCCAGACACUCGUUUGAAUGUGAAUACUAAUGUGGUAGAUGACUAUGAGGUUAAACCUCCAAAUGCUAGUGACGAGAUUAAGAAAGGUCAUAGAAGCAGCCACAAGAUACUAUCACCACAAGUUUCUGGCUCAAGACAAGAAAUCGAAAUUGCUGAUGCUAAACUAUCUAAAGAUCAAUGUUUGUUUGAAAGAAGUAAAACUAAGCUUGUAAUAAAAAAUGCUGAUAUUCGAGAAGAAGUGGUAGAUGCGAUCGUAUGUCCGGAAUAUCAAACUACAAAUGAUUUUAGUGGUUUCAUUCCGAACGGUAUAAGGUGUAGAUUUGGUAUUGAAAGAGAGUCAAUUGAACAAAAGGUUUUCCAAACGAGAAGGAUAGCAACAUCGCUUAUUCCUGUAAGCGAAAACAGGAAAGAGGUGACGUAUGUCUACCAUGUCAAGGCAUCUUUGUUUCAAUGUGGGGAAUAUCCCAUAACAAGAAAUUCCGAAGACAAUCUUCGGCAGACUGUCGAGAAAGUGUUCGAUAAACUGCAUCGUCUAUCUGAGCGCAAUAUCAAUUCCGUAGCAUUUCCCUUAAUUGGUUCCAUUGAUGUUGCUGACAAAGAACUAGUGAAGCUACUUUGCAGUCAUUUUAUAAAUGUGAUUUUCACCUGUUGCGACAAACGGUGUGACCCUGGCGAAUUGGAAGUAUUUAUCGUUCAUCCAUGCGCAACCAUCACGCGAUGGCUCCAGGAAUCCCUGUACAAAAAAUGGAACGCUGGCUGUAGCUAGGCUGAUUAACAUUUUUUGUUAUGUUUACAAAUGGUAUGUAAAAAAUACUAAAAUGUUCUGAGUUGUAUCGUUGUCAUGCGACAUGAAUUAUAGUGUUAUAACUUUUCACGCUCUAAUUUUUAUCAUAAUGUAAUGGGACAGAAACGGUAACAUUUGUCGUUAUUGCUAUGAUUGCUAUCAAUCUCCAAUCAUCAAUAAAGUUGAUAUGGAUAAGAUUGUGUGAUCACUAUGUAUUAACCCUAUCCAUGUGACAUUUUCACGAAAUAUGUUCACGAACUUGUUUAUUUCCUGUUUUUUUUUAGAUUAGCUGUUCUUUAAAAUGAUGUGUGUUUUGUGUGUACUUCGACGCAUGCUGUUAUUUUAUAUGUAUGUGUACAAAUGUGUACAUGUUCGCUUAAGUCGGAUUGAAUGAAAAAAUCAUUUAACGUGCACGAAUCUGCCACAAGCUCCUGUAAACACAAAACUGGGAUUUUUGAUGAUUUUUGAAAAUUUAUAUGAACAUUUUUCAACGGUUGAAUACAAGAAAGUCGAUCGCAGUUAUUUCCCGAUAGAUAGAUAGAUACAUAGAUAGAUAGUUAGAUAGAUAGAUAGAUAGAUAGAUAGAUGGACGAAGAUUUUAUUUCAUGAUGAGAUAUAUUUUUAUUUUGACUAAAAAUGACCUACUAUACUCGAUGGGUAACUUAUUUAUUUAUUUCACCGCCUCAUGCCUAAACAAGUUUCAAUAGUGUACAUCUGGUGAAUAUAUACGCAUUCCUUAGGAAAUUGAUAUACCUUGAAUUGUUAUUCUAUUUUUAUUGAUACUGAAUUUGAAUUAUAAUGUCAUGAGUUAAAUUUGUACUUGUGUUCUUUUGUGUGAUUAAUGUUAGUUUAAUGUAAGGCAAUGUGCGCUUUAAUAUCCGUUUAAGCCCUGAAAGCUUUUAAUUGACCGUUCUUAGAUCGUUAAACCCAAUUUGUAUCAUACUUUUAUAUAGUAUAGUCGCUUAAUAUGUGUUGACAUGAUUUAUUAAAGCAAGUGAUCAGUUUCCUUGAAUAAAAGACAAACAUAUCCUUCCUGAAAAUGUAUCUAGAAUUGUAUUCUUAUGAAAGGCCACAAGAACGUGCUUGCUUGAAAAUCUUUAGUACCAGAGCUUUGAGUAAUGAUACAACUGUAUGAAACAAGGCAGCCACUAUAUGAUAUAUAGAGUAAAUAAUAAUAAUUUAAAUUACCAUUGCAUUUGGUUUACACGUUCAUAUUGUCUGCAUUUGUUUUCUCCUUAUACACAAGAUGACUUAAAAAUUGAUUUUGAGUGUCUAAAACUUGUUUCAUUAGCUUCGUAAAUACAAAAACAGUUAUUACAAUCGUUUAAACAACAAACUGCACCAGAAGAAACACUACACCAGUUCCUAAAAUGUAUCAUUAUUGGACAUGGACGUAAAAAAUAAUGUAUGACAUAAUAUACGAGUUAAUAUUUUUACAGUAUGUUUCACUCAACUGUUUUGGAAUAUAGAUAAAUGAAAAUUAUUCAAUUACAUGUAUGACCCAAAUGAACGAAACACUUCCUUCUUAGUGUCAAGAGUCAGCAACAUGCUACUAAUGAGCCGUACUAAUUGGACUUCCGUCCAGAACAAAAUAAAUACUUGCAAAAACAAACGAAAUAAAUGGCUUCAAUAACAAUUAAUAAAAGGAACAUUAUCUACAAUAAAAAUGACGCACGUAUCAUCAAAUGAAAUAGCACUUGUCUACGAUAAAAAAACGGAAACAAUAUAUACAAUAACAAUGUCGCACUUCUAAUCAAAUUAAAUAGCACUGUAUUUGAGUGGUCUUCAGAUCAAGGAAGUUCUUAUGCUUUGAUAAAUCAUGGGAUUGACCUAAAAUAAAAUUCGAUUGUUGUACCCAAUUUUUACUUACAAUAUGCAAAUCAUGAUUAUUUAUCAAGACAAUACUUGGACAUUAUUCUCUAUUUUUUCGAAUACGACUAUACUAGAAAAGCAACUCUUCUUAUAAACUUCUUUUUUUAAAUUUGAAAAAAAAGUUCUACUUUUACUUGAUAACUUGAUAAUCAAAUCUUCUCAGAAACGACUUUUUUUAAAUCGAUUUUGUCUUGAAAAGCAAAUGUUGUCAGAAACUACUUUUUAAGUUUAUUCUUAUUGUUGACCAUCUGCUAAAUAUCUUUAUUAUUUAAAACUAUUGAGACUCACACGCACACAGAGUGACACGAACACAUUUCCGCAACGUUUCUUGAAAAUUGGAAUUCAUAGCCUGCCAUUUUCUGGGUUCAAAACAAAACGAUAUAUUUUAGUUUGGAUACCAAUUGUAGUUUCAUUUACAGUGUUCGAACGCAUGCAACUGCGACAAGAUGUGAAAGAUAAAUUGUUUUUAUGGAAUCACAUAAUAUUUUUUACAAGAUACAAUUGUUUAGUUUUUAUCUAUCUUUGUCUAAUUUUAUUCAUAUUAAAUUUAGCCGUUACACGACAUCUUAUUGUUAGGCUUAUAAUCUUCAUGCAAUGCAAAUCGUAUAUAUAUAAUAUAUAUGAGCCUUGUUCUGAGAAAACUUAAUACAUGUGCGUAAAGCGUCAUCCCAUAUUAGCCUGUACAGUCCUCACAGGCUAAUCAGGGACUACACUUUCCGCCUAAACUUGAUUUUCGGUAAGGAGGGACUUCCUUGAGACUAAAAAUACCAUAAAAGCGGAAAGUGUCGUCCCUGAUUAGCCUGUGCGGACUGCACAGGCUAAUUUGGGACGACACUUUAAGCAUAUGCAUUAAGCCCAGUUUUCUCAGAACGCGGCUCAUAUAUAAGUCGGCACAUUUAUAAAUGUUUUGUUAAUGUCUCUGUAUGUGAAAUAAGAUAUGAAGGGAACUAUGGACUAUAAUACAUAUAUAAGAGGAAGAAUUUUACAAUAUUAGCUCGUUAUUGUUUAAUUGGUUAGAAUUAUUUAUCUUAAGUACUACCUGUUUCCCAUAUCAUAAACAUUUUACAAUGAAA